AUGAACAGGGAGCUGAGGUACGUGUCCCGAAUCCCGACAACUAUCGGCAAGGAAAAAUCGGAAGAAGUGGCUACAAAACCCGCGCGGCCGGUCUCGUCAGUGUUACGGGGUCAACAACCCGCCAGAGAAGGACAUGAGCGUCAUCAGCACAUUCACGUACAUCAUAAGGAACAUAAGAGUCACACCACCAUAACUCCGGUGCCGACGACGACAUCAACAAUGCGAGUCAAGGAUCCGAUCGACGAAUUGUUGCCGAGACAAUUUGAGGAGGAGCCGACUACCGUAACCACCACCCGGAUACCCUAUACCGUGGCAGCUACAGUACCAACACGAGGAUUGCAUAAUCAUAGAGUACCCCACCAUCACGAUCACCCGGCGACCACCUCGAGCACGACGGCACAAAGAAUUGUGACGACAAAUGAGGAUCGUCGACACCAUCAGCAUCACCAGCAUCACCAAAAUCAUCUACAGCAUCUCCAACCUCACCAUCAAGGUCACUGGCCGAAUCGGGUCGUCCCAACGACUACCACCACUACCACCACAACUCCGAGCACCACAACACAUACCUAUGGACGGAGACCACCGCCAAGGGCCGACGAGAGGAAUACGAUUGAUGAAGCAGACGAUCCGUUCGUAUUCGAGUCUCAUCCGGUGGUAGAUGAUGAUGAACCAUGGUCAAGGCCGGUAGCCACGCCUCCAAGACAACACAUACCACAGUGGCCACCCUUACCUGUACCUGAUCUGCCGAAGGGGUUAGAAGAUGAUGAUGAGGAACAAUUACAGAGGAUUGAUGAUUUUGAUGAGCCCGAGCCAACCGAACCACCUACCACUACUACAACCGAGAGGAGCACGACGACGACGACGAUCAGAUCACCAUACUCACGCCAACAAACCCCUCAGAUGGCCCCGCCGCGUGUGGAGAUGUACAUAGGGGAUAUCACCAUCGUCACCGCACUAAUGGACAUUGGCCGCGGCGACUGGUGGGAAUAUCGGAGGCCGCUCGAUAAAUAUCACGAAUUUAUGGAACGGGUUCUAAGCCUUCGAAACAAUAUGGUCAUCUUCACCGACGCGCACAGCUACGAGUUUGUCGUCGCGUACAGGCGGAAAAUGGGGCUCGAGGAAGUGACAAAGGUACACCAAAUGACACUCGAAGAUCUGCCCCUGUGGCGGUACCACGAAUUUGCAUCGGAAGUGAUCGCCGGAGAACACAAUGAUACCUUAAAAUACCGUAACGGUGGCUGGGACCCGCAGAUGAUGAAUCACCCGGAGGCCAAAAGCGCCACCUACGAUAUCCUUGUCAACUCGAAAACGCACUUUUUGCAGAAUGUUACGUUGGACAACCCCUUCGACACUGGGUUUUUCGUGUGGAUAGAUGCGGGAUAUGGGCAUGGAAAUGACGAUCAUUUCCCACGAGAUCACGUCUGGAGACCAAUGUUCCCCAAGGGCAAGAUAUCAAUGAUAAAGCUGACCCCAAAACACGACCCAAUCUCGGGGUACGGUAUCGACCGCCUGUACCGUCAGAAUUGGUCGGUCGUCUCCGGGGGUUUCAUUGCCGGUGAUGCACACACCAUCGGCCAGCUACACACCGCAUUCUACCGGAAAUUCGUCGAGCUCGUCCAGCGGCAAUACAUUGAUGACGAUCAGACAACGAUGGUGCUGGUGAUCAACAGCCAUCCACAUCUGUUCAACAUCGUCCACGGCGACUGGUUCGACUCGUUCAGGGCAUUUGACCCUGGGUUU